ACAUGUGUGUUUUUAGAUCAACGCUCAAGGAACAAUCGAUGAGAUUUUCGCAGUGGUUCAGCAACAUCUCGACAAGUUAAUUCCGAAAACACCAUCGACUUUGGAGAGAAAGGCAAUCGACUUAGGCCCGCUAAAAAAAGCACAAGUACCGAUAUUCUUCAUUGUUGGUGGACCAGGCUCAGGCAAAGGAACACAGUGUGAAAAAAUAGUAGCCAAAUAUGGAUUAUCUCAUCUAUCGUCUGGAGAUCUUCUGCGGGAUGAGGUCAAGUCAGGUUCGCCCAGAGGAGCUCAGCUCACUAAGAUAAUGGAAGCUGGAGCACUGGUUCCUCUUGAAGUCGUCCUCGAUCUGAUCAAAGAGGCAAUGCUGAAAGAAGUAGCUAAGGGUUCCAAAGGAUUCCUUAUAGAUGGCUAUCCUCGAGAGGUGAAACAGGGAGAGCAAUUCGAACGCGAGAUCCAAGAGGCGAAAGGGGUCAUAUAUUUUGAUGUUCCGCAAGAUAUUUUGGUUCAGCGUCUUCUACAUCGAGCCAAGACUAGUGGUCGAGCUGAUGACAACAUGGAGACUAUUAAAAAGCGUCUGGAAACGUUCACAAACGCCACCUUUCCAGUCGUUGAUUACUACGCGAAAAAGAACAAGCUCUAUAGGAGGAAGGCGAUCGACUUAAGUCCACUAAAAAAAGCGCAUGUGCCGAUAUUCUUCAUUGUUGGAGGCCCUGGGUCUGGAAAAGGUACCCAAUGUGAAAAGCUCGUGGCAAAAUAUGGCUUAUCACAUCUUUCUUCUGGAGACCUGCUCAGGGAUGAAGUCAAAUCCGGUUCUCCUAGAGGCACGAAACUCAAUCAAAUCAUGGAGGCAGGAGAGCUGGUUCCUCUAGAAAUCGUUUUGGACUUAAUCAAAGAAGCAAUGCUUAGAGAUGUAGCUAAGUCUUCCAAAGGAUUCCUGAUAGACGGUUAUCCUAGAGAGGUGAAGCAAGGCGAGCAGUUUGAGAAAGAAAUUCAAGAAGCCAAGUCGGUUAUCUAUUUCGACGUGCCUGAAAACGUUAUGGUCGAUCGACUAAUGCAUCGAGCUAAAACAAGGUAG